AUGAAGUUCUCCAUCGUACUGGUUGCCUUGACGGCUGGUACCUCCAUUGCUCAUCCGGGUAUGAGCAAGGCAAUGGCUGAUAUACAAGAGAUUCAAGCACGAGAUGGGCGCUCCGGACCCUCGACCGAGAUGAUCGGCGACCUGGUGGAUCUUGAUGACAGGCGGCUGACUGCCACCGGCCGAGAUAUCAAGAACAUCCUAAGCGGCCGCGGUAUCCCCCAAAAUACUGUGGCUAGCUACUGGCUGGGUGCCCCUCGUCUUGGGGGCCUCUUAUGCCGCAUGGACCAGUGUUGUGUGUGGAAACACAUUGCCAACGAGAUGCGCGGCAUGAUGGUCGGAGAUGCAGGUCGGUGCAACAAUCUUGCACGUACCUCCAUCCGUCUUGGCUUCCACGACGCCGCCACCUGGUCCAAGGACACCGGAGGCACCGGUGCCGACGGGUCGAUCGUCCUGACGGCCAAGUGUGCCCGCGUUCCCGAAAAUAACGGCCUUGCUGAGGGCUACGGCGUCUCCAUGGCCGACCUCAUCCAGUUCGCCGCCAAUACUUAUAUCGGCCGUAAGGACAACGCCGUCGAACCCCCGCGCAACCUCCUUCCUAGCCCUUUCCACAGCGCAGACCGCCUGCUCCAGCUCUUCGCCGACAAGACCUUUACAGCGGAUGGCCUCAUCGCUCUCAUGGGCGCCCACUCCACGAGCCAGCAGCGUUUCGUCAACCGUACCCGCCCCGGUGAUCCCAAGGACUCCACGCCUGGCGUGUGGGACGUCAAGUACUACGGCGAGACCAUCGAUGCCAACGCACCCCAGCGUGUUUUCAAGUUUCAGAGCGACGUCAACCUAGCCAACGACGCACGCACACGCGCUGCCUGGGAGUCGUUCAUCCCCGAGUCAUCCCAGGGCGCCUGGAACCAUGUACGUCGUUUCGUGCCCGCCUACCUGUCGUUCGAUGCUUUUACCCGUACUGACCCGAGACAGGCUUACGCUGCCGAGUAUGUCCGCAUGUCGCUCCUUGGCGUGUACAACAUCAACAGCCUCACCGAUUGCACCAAGGCGCUCCCUCCGUUCCAGCGCAGCUACAGCUCGUCGGACAAAUCUGUCAUCGACCGCUUCAUGCACGGACUGAUUGGGAGCGCGCAAAAAGUCAAGAACCUUCUGCUGAAAGGAGACAAGGUUCCCAGCAAUGUCUAG